ACAAACGCCGACCGGACUACGACGAAGUCCCGGAGCUUUCGGAAAAACAAAAAAGCCUCGCGAGUGGCACGCGCCCGUCAGUUGGCUUUCGCAUGCCAAGCAAGUCGUCGGUUUUUCGUGGGCUCGACUUUGAAAUUGUGUUAAUUGGAUUGCGCGCGCGCACACGGCUGCUCUCAAACAUCAAGUGACAAGUUUGUCUACAGGUGCUAUUAAGUGUGACAAUUGCCAAAAUUUCUUGAAGUGCGCGACUAAGUAAAUAGAAAGGUGUGUGAGCAAAACGGUGAUUCCGAUUCAAGCCGUGAAGGUGUGCUGUCAUUAGAGCGGGCUGUUUGUGAUCAGACGCAAUGCACUUCAAACUGAAGUGCCUCUUGGUGCUUGCCAAUCUCUUGUGGUUGGCAGGCUCUCAGCUGGCCCCAAAAUUGGAAACCAUCAAGCAGUGGAACUUACUAUCGUACAACUUCCCAUGGGAUUACCCGUCGAGUAGCAAAGAGUUCUACAAUCCGGAAAACGUGGUGGCAACCGGAAUUGAAGUGGGCUUUGAUAGGAUAUUCAUUGCCACACCUAGGCUGUUCAGUGGUGUUCCGGCAACUUUGUCCACCAUACCACGUGGCACCCAGGGCGAUUCACCGGUCCUUCAAGCCUAUCCCAACUGGUCCCAUCACACGGCUGGCACGAAGGAAUACAACUGCUCCGACAUUGGUUUGGUAUCAGUUUACCGGGUCCGGAUCGAUUCCUGCAACCGACUGUGGGCCCUGGAUGCCGGAGUUUCACGAUCCCUGGAGGAUUUCGAAGUCACAUGUCCACCAAAGAUUCUGAUAUACGAUCUGCAUACCGACCAGGUGGUUCGCCGAAUUGAUUUCCCAGCGGAAGUGGUGCGUCGCGAAUCGCUGUACACCAAUCUGAUUAUCGAUGAAACCACGGCCCGGCCGGAAAAUAACUGUGACGAUGUGUUUGUCUACAUUACCGACACUGUUGCCCCAGGAAUCGUCGUCUACGAUAGUGGAAAGGAUCUGACCUGGCGUGUGAGCCACCCGGCUAUGUAUCCGGAUCCGGACUUUGCCGAGUCGACUAUCAUGGAGCAUCGCUUCACGCUGAUGGAUGGCGUCGUGGGUCUGGCCUUCGACCCGGAAGCGGGUAUCAUCUAUUUCCAGCCGCUUGCAACCGACAGAUUAUUUUCCGUAGCCACAUCCGCUCUCCGAUCUGGUCCUCUACCUUUCGGAAAGGAUCUUCCAGUGAAACUGGUUGGGCGUAAAUCAUCCCAAGGUAUUGGUUUGGCAGUUUCGCCACGAGGUGGAACAAUUUACUACGCACCACUUACGGAAACGGCCGUUGCCUCAUGGAACCCUCGAACCAACGAACAUCAAAUCCUUGCUCAAGAUCCGGAAAGUAUCCAAUUCGCUGCUGACAUCCGGACUCCAGCUCGUGAUGGCAACGCUUUGUACAUCAUCACAUCCAAAUUCCACCGAUUCUUCUUGAAAAAUCUUAAUCCGAACGAGUUCAAUACCCGAAUUCUUCGAAUCGAAGGGGUGGUUUCUCCAACUCCGGUACCUGUCGCCACACCCACUCCUUACACAGGCAACUUCCAGACGAAUGCCCCUUACUAUAACCUGCCAACUGCACCAUCCACUGUUGCCUUGCCUUUCAAACCCUUGCACGAUCCACGAAUCCCGGUUCAGAAAAUAGUUCCACAGAAGGCCGCCAACACCAAAACUUAUGCACUGGUGCAGAAUUAUUAUCCCUUUCCCAUCAACAAACAGCCCUACAGUUACGAACCCGUUCCGAUGAUUGAUCGUACGAAAACUAAUCCUUUCUUCGCCUUGAACAGUGGCGAAAAACCAUUCCCUCCUCCACAUCACCCACGGCCUCAAUAUGGACUAAAUGGAGAAAUUUUCUUCCCUAAAAUUAACCCACACUUCAACGACUUCAAUGGUCUAAGAUACGCGAAAAGUUUGAGAUUGAAUCCGGUGCGCCCGUACUAGUUCGAACAAUAUUCAAACCAAAAUUUUCGAAAAAAAAAAUCUUCAUAACUGUGGACAAAACCCUCAAAAAUACCAUUGGUUCUCUCUUCCGUUUUUUUGGCAUCGAAAAGAGAGAUUAUUCCGAAUGGAUAUAUACAUACGUGCCCCCCCCCCGAAAAACCGCAUGCUAGUGUAAAUAGUUCAACGAAAAACCAUGCAACGACCAUUUCUCCCCGGGUUCGAAAUUCUCUAUUUAUUACCUUCAGUUUUUCAGUACUCUUUCUUUCAUCUAAUACGUUUUCUGUCCGAACGUAUACCCUGUAAAGUUAGUUUAAGCCGAACGAAAUACUCAAAACUGUUUCUCAAUUCGAAAAUUGUAUACUCGACAAUCAUUUUUAUUUUAGUUUCCCUGAAUCCAAAUUAAAAUAUGUGAAGCCAUAGUUUAAUGCAUUUUUCAACUACUUCGUUUCAAAAUAGUUACGUAUAUUCUCAUCGAACAAUCUAAGAAGAAAAAAAAACAUCUCAAACUCCCCAAACCAACGUUUUCAACACGACGCAAGACUAUCCAAAUAGUAAACCUUAUGACUUUUUAGGAAAUUGUAAAUAUAGAAAAGGACUUCAUACAAACGCAAAAAAUAGAUUCCACCGGUAAACAAAAGGUGUUCAUGAAAAAAUCAAGUGGGGGCGAAAUAGGUACAACACGUUUGUUAAGUUCUUAAGUUGGUAUAGUUAAAUGCACACAAAUGAUUGUCCCAAAUAAAUUAUUGACAAAAUUUAGCUCAAUGGAAAGUUAAUAAAACAACUUAGUAAUUA